GCUGCGCAAGCGCUGUCUUCGUGCCCGCGCUGUUGCCUUGGAAACCAUCCUAAGGGGGCGCCCGACCGGCCUCUAGACCAAGUACGGUCUCUGGAUCACACUUGCAGAGCUCUGGCCGGCUUCCUGUCCACAGCCGGGUCAGUGUGGGCUAGGCCUCCUGCCUCUGAGCUCACCCCAUGGUUACCCACGUAGGGUAUGGCUGUCGCUUCUUCCUGCAGCGCCAAGUUCCGCUCCACCUCAAAGUCGAUAUAAUGAGUCCUCUGUGCAAUGCGGUUGGAUGGAAACGACCCUCUCACUGCUGUUCAGAUGUGCACUUCCUGUACUUCUUCAAGGAUAGGAGGAAGAGAUCUGUGACACCUCCUCCAGCAAGGCCACACCUCCUCCAACAAGGCCACACCUCCUCCAGCAAGACCACAACUCCUCCAGCAAGGCCACACUUCCUAAGAGUGCCACUCCCGAUAGGGGCCAUUUUUAUUCAGACCACCACAGAUAUGUGCUAAGAGCUAAAUGAAAAUGGACACACUCUUGCCUCCCUAGAACAAGGAGACUAACAGGGACCAUAGAUGCUAUCCCGUCUUUCUCAGAGUUCCUCCAGUUCACACUGAAUUGUAUGUCAACAUGAAAUGUGUUGCCAAGAAAUGUGGAAUUAGAUUCCAGCCCCCGGCUAUCGUCUUAAUUUACGACAAUGAGACCGAGGGAAAGAGCCGCCAGCGCAUUAUGCCAGUCCGAAACUUCUCGAAGUUCUCAGACUGCACCAGAGCUGCUGAGCAAUUAAAGAAUAACCCACGGCACAAGAGUUACCUGGAGCAGGUGUCCCUGAAGCAGCUGGAGAAGCUCUUCAUUUUUUUACGAGGUUACUUGCAGGGGCAGAGCUUGGCAGAAACGAUGGAACAAAUUCAACGGGAAACAACCAUUGACCCCGAGGAAGACCUGAACAAACUCGAUGACAAGGAGCUGGCCAAAAGGAAGAGCAUCAUGGAUGAACUUUUUGAGAAAAAUCAGAAGAGAAAGGAUGACCCUGGUUUUGUGUAUGACAUUGAAGUUGAGUUCCUGCAGGAUGAGCAGCUGUCCUGCAGCUGGGACACAGAGUCAGCUGACGAGUUCUGAGACCUCCUGCUCCGCGUCCACGAAGAACAAAACUCGGUCCCAGAAAAUCUGUGAACGCUAACAGACUAUAAAACCAAGAUACUUGCAUGUGUUGCAUAGGCCUAUGAGAAACACAGCUUAGGAAUCUCGUUAGAGAUGGCAAUCCAAAGGGAAGGUAACUCAGAAACUUGUAAAAAGAUAUUUUAAUAAUAUUACUCGGGAAAGAGAUUAGAGCCUGAUUUCCGAUGAAGGCUGAAAAGGUGAGAAUCUGGAUUACUGCGGGUAGAAAGAAGGGAAGACUUCCCUCAGCAGAAAGGGGCCGUGCAUGGCCCCCGAAGGCCACAGAUGUUUCUAAAUGAAGCAAGGGGGGGAACACAGCAUAGACAUUUUGAGAACGAGUGAAUAAUUAUAGUCCAACAAGAUUGGAGUUAACCUGUGUUCAUUAUGUCUGCGAAUUUAACCCUGGGGUAGACAAAAGCACCUGCAAAUGCCUCACAGCUGCCGGUGCAUGCAACGCAGCAGACGAAGGCAGUUCUGGCCCUCCACACUCAGGAAAUGUACCCAGAACCACUUCCUGUGAGAGGCUGGUUUACACGGUGGGAAAUCUACCCGCAAGUGAGCAAUAGGUUCUGCCUGUUGAAACCUGCCCAGGAAUUUAGAGAUACAGUGAUCUCUGUUUAACAAGGCCACCAUAUGCAGGUGUGUUUGCUCUUACUAGAAUAUUCUCUGCAAUAGAAAGCAUCUGUUUUCUACAAGGAAACUACUAUUCACUGAGUAAAGCUGUGCCUGUGAGUCCUGAGUCUUACCAGUUUUUCUUUUCCUUUCCUUCAGUCGUGUUUUGUUUGUCAGGGUUCAGGUAAGUUAGCAGACAAAGCAACAUGCUUUGUUAUGGCAUUUUCACAGCUGCAUUCAUAUCGUGUGUUCCUGCUCCACCCCCACUGUGUGUCCCCUUGUCUUCUUGCUGAUCCCCUUCUUCCCAAGUCACCCCCUUUUGCUUUCGUGUCCCGUGUGUGCCAUUACCUUCUGCACCCCUUAAGCUCAUUCCUCCCCCUUCAUAGUGUCCUCUCUAGCCCCACCCAUCCUGACAUACAUCCAUACCCAUAUAAAAAACUAGAGUUUGGCCAGGUGGUGGUGGUGCACCCCUUUAAUCCCAGCACAUAAGAGACAUGUGAAUUUCUGUGAAUUCGAGACCAGCCUGGUCUAGAGUGAGUUCCAGAACAGCCAGGGCUACAGAGAAACCUGUCUCCAACAACAAUAACAAAAACCCUAGAUGUUGUAUAGGAGAGAAAAUGCUGCCUUUGUCUUUCUAAACUUGUUUAUUUUAUAUAACAUGAUGAUUUCCUUUUGUCUCCAUUUCCUGUAAAUAAAAUUACAUUGUGUGUAUGU